AUGGUGGGAUGGCGGAUGUUACGGAAAGAGAGCGAUGACCUUGUGUAUGAACUAAGGCAGCAGAAGUUAUGGGAAGAGGGUGAUAACCUCAUGUGCGUACCGAGGCAAUGGGAGUUAUGGGAUGAGGAUGACAGCCUCAUGUGCAGUUCGAGGCAGCGGGAUCAUGGGACGAGGGAAGUGACCUCAUAUACUGAUAUACGGAUAUACCAUAACUCAAUAAGGCAUCGCGGAGAGGCAUAUCCGAUUAUAUUCGGAAACCUCCGCUCCAUCUCCCUCGCAUAUCCCCUAAUCUGUUUCAACUGUUCACUUCCCCUCGUAUUUAAACCCCGCCCUUCAACCUCCGCCGUCUAUCUAUCAGCUCUCAUCAUCGCCAUGGCGGUCUCAACAGGGAAAACAACCUCGUUCUCCUCCUCUUUCCCCUACUCUUCUUGCCUCCUCCCACGUGCUCCAUCUCCCUUUUUCCAUUUCCAACCUAAAGCUCUCCAUUUCCGCUACCAUUUAGCUACUCCGUCACCUCAGUCCCUAUCGUUCUCCUCGUCAGCAUCUUCAUCUUAUUCCCGAUUCUGCCGAGUCUCCACGGUUCCCGUCGAGCAAGCCCCCGCUCCCGGCUUCGACUUCGAGAAGGAGAUCGACCAUCUGCACGCUCUGCGCUCGCGCCUUCGGAAGGCCAAUACCCUCCGCGAGAAGCUACGGGUGCUCGAUGCUGACCAUAGAGUUAGGGAUUUCUUCCGUUCGGGACGGGAUUUGUUUUCGCUGGAUUUGAAAGACGAGUUCCUUAUAAAAUGCCUCGUUGCCGCGGGACAGGGGCACGUUCUCGGCUCGGGGCUGCAUCGUGGCGGCGGCGGGGUAGGGCAUCAUAGUUUGAAACAGGCGUUUUAUAUUCUGGCGGAUAUGAUUGAGAAGUGGAAUUUGGAUGGGGUUAGAAUUGAGGUUGAGGAUGAAGAUGUUGGGGGCGGUGGAAUGAGCGAGCCAUUGGAGAAGCUGCUGAAGACUUUAAAUGAUGUUGAAGAGUUUUAUGACUGUGUUGGAGGAAUCAUCGGAUAUCAGGUAGUGGUAUUAGAGCUCCUUUCACCUCUGAAAUCAAAAGGGAAAUCUAAUUGGUUUUCUCACAUGAAUCUGUCUCUUUGUGAACUCCAAGAAUUUCAUGUUCCUUCUGGAGCCAAUCUCUUGGAGGAUGCUGAAUAUGCUUCACAAGCAGCUUUCUGGGGAUUAGAGGGCUUGCCAGAGCUAGGUGAAAUUUAUCCUCUUGGUGGUGCUGGGGAUCGGCUUGGUCUAGUUGACCCUGUCACUGGUGAAUGUCUGCCUGCUGCAAUGCUUCCAUACUGUGGAAGCACUUUAUUAGAAGGCUUGCUAAGGGAUCUUCAGGCAAGAGAGUUCCUUCACUUCAAGGUUUUUGGCAAGCAGUGUAUAACUCCUGUUGCUAUGAUGACAAGUUCAGUAAAGAACAACCAUGAUCAUAUUUUGGCUCUUUGUAAGAAACAUGGAUGGUUUGGCAGGGGCCAGCAGAAAUUUCGUCUUUUUGAACAGCCGAUGGUGCCAGUUGUUGCUACUGAAGAUGGUCAAUGGUUGAUUAAUGAACCACUCUCCCUAGUCUGCAAACCAGGUGGUCACGGUGCAAUAUGGAAACUUGCAUAUGAUAAAGGCAUAUUUCAAUGGUUUUACAGUCAUGGAAGAAAAGGUGCAACUGUUCGACAAGUCAGUAAUGUUGUUGCUGCAACUGAUGUGACACUUUUGGCGCUGGCAGGAGUAGGUUUGAGGCAUGAGAAGAAAUUAGGAUUUGCUUCGUGUCAAAGGAACUUUGGAGCUACGGAAGGUAUUAAUGUGCUUGUUGAGAAGCAGAGUGAAGAUGGACAGUGGACAUAUGGCCUGACAUGUAUUGAAUAUACCGAGUUUGAGAAGUAUGACAUUAAGGUUGUGCCAAUUUCACUUAGCAGUUUGCAGGCAGAAUUUCCAGCCAAUACAAACGUUCUCUAUGUUGAUUUAAGGGCUGCAGAGAGCAUUGGAGCUAGCAAAAGCAGGAGCUCCUUACCAGGAUUGGUACUGAACAUGAAAAAGCCGGUUACAUAUGUGGACCAUCUUGGGAUUCAGCACAGUGUUUCUGGUGGUAGACUAGAGUGCACGAUGCAAAAUAUUGCCGACAAUUUUCUGAACACAUAUGCUUCUAGGUGCAACGAAGGCAUUCAGAGUUUACUGGAUACCUUUAUUUUAUAUAAUGAAAGGAGACGGGUUACUUCAUCAGCUAAAAGGAAAAGGAAAAUGGUAGACAAGUCAUUACAUCAGACUCCAGAUGGUUCUUUUCUAGAUGUCAUACGGAAUGCUUCUGAUUUGCUUUCACAAUGCAAUAUAAAAAUUCCUGAGAUUGCUGACAACAGCAGAUAUCUCCAUUCUGGGCCGCCUUUCAUCAUUCUUCUCCAUCCUGCGUUAGGUCCUCUUUGGGAAGUUACCAGACAAAAG